UGUGCCCUUGAGUGGAUGUACCUUCAGGGAUGCCCCUGCAGGCCCGUCUCAGACUUCCUAGACGAGAAGGCGGUGCAGGGCCUGAAGCAGAUCCACCAGCAGCUUUAUGAUCGUCAGUUAUACAGGGGUCUGGGAGGAGAACUCAUGAGACAUGCAGUGUGCAUUUUAAUAGAAAACUUAUCCCUUUCCAAAAUGCCCUUCAGAGGUGACGCCGUGAUCGAUGGUUGGCAGUGGCUGAUAAACGACACCUUGAGAAACCUUCACCUCAUUUCAAGUCCCUCUCGACAACGGAUAAAGGAGGCGGCUGUGUCGGCCCUGGCCGCCCUGUGCAGCGAGUACCACUCUGGGGAGGCGGACUCCACCGCGCAGGAGGAGCUGGUAAAGCAGUAUCUCACCGAACUUCAGAGCCCCGAGGAGAUGGCUCGCUGUGGCUUCGCCCUGGCCUUGGGCGCCCUGCCGGCCUUUGUCCUGAAGGGCCGGCUCCGGCAGGUCCUAGCAGGCUUGAGGGCUGUUACCCACAUUUCUCCCAAGGACGUGAGCUUUGCCGAGUCCAGGCGGGAUGCUUUGAAGGCAAUCGCUAGGAUUUGCCAGACUGUCGGUGUGCAAGCAGAAGGGACUCCAGAUGAGGUUGUGUGCAGAGAGGACGUUGCCCAGGUUUACUGCACGUUGCUGGGCUGUCUGAGCGAUUACACCACCGACAGCCGCGGGGACGUGGGAGCAUGGGUCCGCGAAGCUGCCAUGACGAGUCUUAUGGAGCUGACUCUUCUGCUGGCAAGGGACCAGCCAGAGCUGAUCGAGGCCCCAGUCUGCCGGCGGGUCAUGUGCUGCUUAGCCCAGCAGGCGAGUGAGAAGAUCGACCGGUUCCGGGCGCACGCAGCCCGUGUGUUCCUGGCGCUGCUCCACUGGGACAGCCCCGCCAUCCCCCACGUGCCCCACCGGCAGGAGCUGGAGAGGCUUUUCCCCAGGUCCGCUGUGGCCUCUGUGAACUGGGGCGCGCCAUCACAGGGCUUCCCUCGCGUGGCCCAGCUCCUGGGGCUGCCUGCCUACCGCUACCACGUGCUGCUGGGGCUGGCCGUGUCCGUGGGCGGCCUGACCGAGUCCACGGUCAGGUACUCAACACAGGGCCUCUUUGAGUACAUGAAGGGGAUUCAGAAUGACCCGCAAGCCCUGGAGGACUUCACUGGGACCCUUCUGCAGGUCUUUGAGGACAGCCUUCUGAACGACAGGGUGUCUGUGCCACUGCUAAAGAUGCUGGAUCAGAUGCUAGCCAACAGCUGUUUCGCCAUCUUCACCGCCGAGGAGAACCACCCCUUCUGUGUGAAGCUGCUUGCACUUUGUAAGGAGGAGAUCAAGAAGUCCAAAGACGUCCAGAAACUGAGGUCCAGCAUCGCGGUGUUCUGUGGGCUGGUGCAGUUCCCCGGAGACGUGAGGAGGAAGGUCCUCCUGCAGCUGUUCCUCCUGCUCUGCCACCCUUUCCCCGUGAUCCGGAAGAGCACGGCCAGCCAGGUGUACGAGAUGGUGCUGACGUACGAUGUGGUGGCCGCGGACGUCCUAGAUGAGGUCAUGGCUGUGCUCAACGGCACGGCCUGGGAUGCAGAGCUCCUGGUCGUGAGAGCCCAGCGGAACCGCCUGUGUGACCUCCUGGGCGUGCCCAGGCCUCAGCUCGUCCCCAAGCCCAGUGUCCGCUGAGGCCAGUCCGGGAAGCUGAGUCCUUGCCUCUGCCUGGCUGGCUGGGAGGAGGAGCCCGGGCACGGUCGGCAUGGAAGACCUGGACGGACGGCGGCGGCCUGGCUGGUGCGUGUGAGGGACCCGGAGUUCGUCACCUGGAGGCGGCAUUUCCUUCCAUGCAUCCUGUGCCACAGUGACCUGGGCUGUUGGUGCACUUGUCCUAAUCUCUAACCUGUGUCUUAUAAAAUCACGUUCUGAGCA